CGGAAUAGCGGUGAUAAAAAAAACCGUGGACGAGCCAGUGCUUCUUACUUACACGGAUGAAGUUAGUAACAUUCAGAUUAUCAGAUUAUUUAACAGCUAAUUAACAAAUAAACGACGUAAAAAAUGGCUAAACCCCAUGUCGUUAAUUGUUGAUGCGUGUCUCUCACUUUGUUUGUUUGACUUUUAGCUCGCUGAGGUAAUCGAGCUAAUUUCCACAAUGGCAGAGCAAACAAAAAAAAUCAAAUGUAUAAAAAACAUACAUCUGGCAAAAUCCACUAAAGACAAAUUGGAUAAAUUCAACAGAAUAAGGGCAGUAGAUGAAGAUCAAAGGUGUUGGUAUGAAGUUCAGCUACAGGAGAAGAUCCGCAGGCGAGAGCUUCCCCUCAGUGUUUAUCAUGUGUUUGCAGAUCCUCCAGGCUACAAAAUCGGUAAUGGAGGCUCAACACUACACGUUCUGCAGCUCCUGAGUGAUGAGUAUGGAGAGUCUUUAUCCAGAUUCAGAGUGCUCCUCAUCCACGCUGGAGGGUGGAGUCAGCGUUUACCCCACGCCAGCGCUCUGGGGAAGAUCUUCAUGGCUCUUCCACUGGGAGAUCGUGUGUAUCAGAUGUUGGAUCUGAAGCUGCUCAUGUAUGUGGAUUUUCCUGCUCACAUGAAUCCUGGCGUGUUGGUCACAUGUGCUGAUGACAUCGAGCUCUACAGUGCCAUCCCCAGGGUGGAGUUUAAUAAACCUGGCUUCACCGCUCUCGCACACCCCUCCCCCCUGUCCAUCGGCCAGUCACACGGCGUGUUUGUUCUCGAACGCGGAGAUGAGCCGCCUGUCCAUGAUGUGGAAUAUAGAACCUGUGUCCAGUUCCUGCACAAGCCUAGUGUGGAAGUAAUGCACAGGAGUGGCGCAGUAAUCAGGAAGCAGGAUGAUGAAGUGGUCUACACGGACAGCACGUAUUACAUCAGUUAUGGCACGGUGGAGACGCUGCUGGUCCUGUUCAGAGAAAUCGGACCUCUGAGGUGUGAGAUUGACGCCUACGGAGACUUUCUGCAGAGUUUAGGAACAAGCGCUACGGCUGAGUACAUCAACAACACUGAGAAUGUGAUGAAGAAGGAGAAAGAUCUGGUGGAGGCCAGAAAGAAGAUCUUUGAGCAUCUAAGAGGAACAAAGCUGAAUGUUGUAAUCCUCAACGAGUCAAAAUUCUACCACCUGGGCACCAUAGAAGAGUACCUGUUCCACCUCACUGUAGAUCCGUGUCUACGAGAGGAACUCGGCCUCCAGACCAUCACCUUCAGCUCAUGUCCUCUGGACGUAUGUGAGAAUAAAAACGUGUGUGUCAUACAGAGCAUCGUCCACCCAAGUGCACGAGUGUGUGAGAGCAGUGUGGUGGAGUUCUCCAGGCUGGAGGAUGGAGUCGAGCUGGGACGGAGCUCCAUCAUCAGUAGCUGCUGGGUGGAAAAGGGUCUCUUCGUUCCCUCCAACACCUUCAUGCACUCGUUUGCCGUGUGUUCAGAUGGCAGGACGAAAUUCAUCACUGUGGCAUUUGGCAUUCAGGAUGAUCUGAAGAAGACGGUGUCCAGCCGUGAAGACGUGAGCAGGUUGGAGGUGUUUGGUGUUUCUGUGGGAGAGUGUGUGAGUCGCUGGGGACUGAGCAUAGGGGACAUCAGGGUCUCAGGAGACGGCUGUGUGUGCAACCUUUGGACCUGCUGCAUGUUUCCCGUGUGUGAGGACAUGAAGACCUCAUUUUCUGUCGCGCUUCAGAUGGUCCAAGCAGCUCAUGGAGAUGGAGUUGUGAGUUUACACAAAUACACACUGCUCUCACUGCAGGACAUCCUCCACCACAAAGAUCUGGAGACCAUGUUGCGGUUCAGAAACGAUCUGUAUGAGGUAAUUCUGCAGGGAAAAUGAGAUGCAACACAUCAGGACUACCAACAUCUGGGAAGAAUAUCAAGAUCUUAUAUAUCUUAUAUAAUAUAUCGUAUAUCCAGCUAAAUGGAACACAUCGCAUUUUUAAAAAAAUUAAGCCCUUAUCUCCUGCAAUGUGUGUUUGUGUUUCAGAAUUUACUGUCUACGAUCUCCUCACAUCACAAUCUCUUCACGUCACUAUCUCCUCACGCCACAAUCUCUUCACGUCACCAUCUCCCCACGUCACUAUCUCCUCACGCCACAAUCUCUUCACGUCACUAUCUCCUCACGCCACAAUCUCUUCACGUCACUAUCUCCUCACGCCACAAUCUCUUCACGUCACUAUCUCCUCAUGCCACAAUCUCUACACGUCACUAUCUCCUCACGCCACUAUCUCACGUCACUAUCUCCUCACGCCACAAUCUCUUCACGUCACUAUCUCACGUCACUAUCUCCUCACGCCACAAUCUCUUCACGUCACUAUCUCCUCAUGCCACUAUCUCACGUCACUAUCUCCUCACGCCACAAUCUCUUCACGUCACUAUCUCACAUCACUAUCUCACGUCACUAUCUCCUCACGCCACAAUCUCUUCAGGUCACUAUGUCCUCACGUCACUAUCUCCUCACGUCAUGAUCUCUUCACAGGGUUCUGAUUCUCUUUCUCUGCACUCUGACUGUCAGCGGGUUUUAAAGCUCUGAUGAUGUGUAUAAAUUUGCUCUGAUUCUUGAUAUUGUAGAAAAUAUAUAAAAUAUAAAAAAAUUAAAUUCUGUUCUAUUA